CACGCAAUGACUACCCAGCACCGACACCAGCUCUCCCGGCUGCAGAUACCUGGCCCCUCCUUCCACUCCCAGCAGCCCAUGCAGCCCGUCUACUCUCCGGGACUCCCCACCGCGAUACAGCACAGCUUUCACCCGCCCGUAUUCAACCCACAGUCUGCCCUCCAGACCCCCAUGCAGGCCGCGUUCUUCCAGGCGCCCCCCGGUGCCCCCGGUCGCCCGACGCACAGACAGCACCCGAGUCUGGCGCUUGCGGCCAUGGGUGUUCACCCCCCUCCGGGUAUUCCCAUGACCCCCCUCGGUCAGGGCCAGUUCCCGCCUGGCAUCAUGCUGGGGGCGGGCCAGCCCUACGGCCAGCCAUUCGUACCCAGGCGACGCCAACCGAGCGUGAGUAUCGGUGGGCCCCCAAAGGCGCAGCUUGGCGGUCCGGGCAAAAAUCAUCGCCCUGUAUCCCCUACCGCCGCCUCUGCCCCCGCAGCGGCAGCGGCUCCUGCAGCUGCGCCCCAAAAGAAGAAGGGCACGGUGUCGUUUCCGAAAGAGACGAUAUCGGGGAAGGACGGCGAGCCUGCGACUCGCGCGCCGUGGGCGCGUACACCGAUUCCCACCCAUCUCAUCCCUGUGCAUCCUGAAGUGGAAAUGGUCGAGCUCACAACCGCCGAGGUGUACCCUCCCGAUUAUUGGAGAUACGAAAUACCUGCUACCGUCGAUGUAUUUCUCCCUGGAAAGCGUGUCAUUGAAGAGAAGUUGGAGAAGUUGGGUGUGGAAAAGGGAGCUGGCAACUUCAGCAGCAUACCUAACAUACACGCUCCCCACGCCCGUGCUGCCUCGAUCUCUUCGCCUGCCGACCCCGCAUUGCUAUUGUUCAAACUGAAUAAGCUCCAGGCGGCGCAGAGCGCAUCUGCGACACAAUCCGCCUCGACGUCACCCCAGCCGCCCUUCAGUACCUCACCGAACUCACAGUUACCGCCUCGCUUCCAAGGCAGACACGGGCAGAGUCUCUCGCUCGCGCAGCCUCCCUCGUUCCAGUCGGCGCCGUACAGUGCAGUCGCGUCGUUCAAUCCGUUCGGCCCGAAUGCCAUCCUCGGCUCUGAUGCCAUCUUUCCACCCACGGCGAAUAUGGAUAGCUCUGCCAAGUCUGAUCCUGGCGCGCCGACCGAGCAGUCGCUUGCGCCCCCGGUACUCCCCUUGCGCGCGGACAGCCGCCCUGAUUUUGUGCGCGGAUUUGGAAUCGACAUUCCGGAAGAAGAAGAGCCGCUGGAGGACGAAGGUGCGGCAGAUAUUUCUCGUGCUGCGGACGAAACGCUAGACAUGAGCUUGGACGAGGGACGUGUGGAGGUGGAACACGUGGACGAGGAUGGAGAGGAUCAGGGAAGUGUCACCACUGCCCCGCUCAGCCGCCUGCACUCGCGGCAUGUGUCGCGUCUGUCGGCUGCCCUAUCGCUUUUAUCUGUGGGCGGUCUGGCCGAUGCACCUCUAAAUGGAGGGCACACGGAUGAUCGCAACUUAGGGCCGGACGUUGAUGAUCUUGAUAGGGAAGCAGUGGGCGAAUGGACAGGCUCUGAGGACCUACGCACCGGCGCAGAGACGACCGAGGACGAGGAGAGCAUCGGGGAGUGGUCCAAUCCAUCUGAUGAAGAGCGCGCGCGGCAGGCGCGUGUUCAGAGGCGGGUCUUGCGCAAAUCUCAGCACGAGAUACAGACGCCACGCCGCUUGCCCAAUUUCCCUCAUCCCCCGCACACCACUCCAUACGACCUACUUAACAACAGCAACAGCAACACAAUCCGUGAAGACGACAUGCUUUCCAAUCCGAGUGAAGAAGAAGGUCACCAUCGCGCACCGCGUGCGGGCUCCAGUGGUAAUGCUUCUCGACCUCUUCCAGCUGUGCCUCCCUCACGGCCCAUCUCAGCUCAGUUCUCGCUCCAUGACCCCGCGCUCGCGCAUUCCCGCCGCACGUCUGAGCAGUUCGCGUACCUUGCCUUGCAUGCUCAACAGCAGCAGCAAUCCGCGCCACCUGUCCCACCCAUUCCCAUCCAGGCGCCAAUCCCGAAGCGUGAGGCUCUCAACCCUCUCGCGAAGCCAUUCGUGUUUGGCUCUGCGCGUGGCAGCUCUGGAUCUUGGUCUGUUGGCACCUUUGGCCCGGCGUCGGCCACGCCCGGCCACGAGCGUGCGCCGUCGCUCGGGAAGCCGCUCAACGCCACGGCAGCUGAGUUCAAGCCAGGUCAAUUCACGUUCCGGGUGCCGACGAAUAUUCCGCCGAUCCUGUCUCAGCCGGCGCUCUUGCAACCAUCGUUGUCGCCUGCUAUGCACACGGUCCCAGGGUCGCGCCCGCUGCCGUCACCGCCUGUAAUAGUUACUUCUGUCCGGGCGACACAAGGGCGGGAGAAGCGGCAGCGCCGUGCGUCCGACACGUCGAUGGAGCGCUCAGAUGACGAGGAAGAGGACGAGGAAGAGAAUAGCAGAGACAUCGACAACAUGACCUCCUUCAAGUUCCCCGCAGAUUCGCCCCAGAGCACGCGACGGUCGGUGCCGGCGUCGCCUGUACAGAGGCACGUCGCGAUAGACGCAUUCGCGCGGCCGUAUGGGCUGCCUGCUCGUGCCGCGCACGAGACCGCGCCGCAGAAUGUGCACCCGCCGAUGAGUCAUAACCAGAGCCCCGACGAAUUCGUAGAGAGCCCGGAAGGCGACGACGGUCAGAGUGCUAUUGGCGAUCAGGACUACGCGAACAACGGCAUGGUGCGCGAGAAGGAGCUCCCAAUUCCACCUUCAAUGAAAGCACGGCGCGCGCCCAUCCCUCUGGACUUCAAGCACCCCGUGUCGACGAACACGGUGCCUGCGGGAUUAUUCAAGGCGCUCGCGAACGCGGACGAUGAGCGCACGCGCCGCUCGGUACGCUCGCGGCUCAGCUCGCGCGAGAUAUUCGAGCACGUGUCGCGGCCGUCGCUCGACGACCUCAACAUGCCCGCGAUAUCGCGCAAGGCGUCCGGGACGCGGCUCGUCACCGAUCCCGGGCGGUGGGACACGCCGCACCAGCGCAAGGACGUAUUCGUGCCCCCGCUGAAGCCACGCCGGCGGUCGUCGUUGCCGCAACUCCGCAGCAGCUCGUCGAUCUCUGGCGACUCGCUGCCUGCGGUGAGCAUCUCGCGACGGUUGGAGAUGCAGCAGUUCGAAGACAGGCUGGAGGCGCUAUUGGACGAGAAGAUUGAGAGCAUACGAUUGGAGAUGCAGGAGCAGCGCUUGACAUCGGACGGGACGUUGAACCCGUCGACGGAGGCGAUGAUCAACGAGGUGGUGUCGCUCUUCCGGGCACAAUUGCAGGAGUCGGCCGCAAGGGGGUUGGACGACAGUCAGAUGGAUGCGCGGGGAGAGCUCGACUUCCAGCUUGUGAAGGACAUUGUCGAACAGGGCCACGCGGAUGCGCGCACGAUGAUGCACCAGGACUUGUCGGAGAUCAUGCGUCGGUUCGACUCGCAGACCCGCGAGAGUCAGGCAUCGACGUCGUUCAACGUUCAGGGCGCCAUCGAGGAGUUCCACAACAGGACCGUCAAGACCGUCAUUAACAGCAUCUCGCAGCUGGCUGCGCGCCUGGAAAGCAUGGAGCGCGCGCGGACGCCGCACGGUGUUCCUGCGUUCGAUCGCGAGGGUCUGGUCCGCGAGCUGCUCUCGGCGCUCUUGCCGCACAUUUCCGUUCUGCGCGCCGAGCCGAUUGAUUAUGAAACGCUCACGAAUCAGCUCACGCAGGCCGUCAAGCCGCACAUUUCGCAGCUCAUCGACCUUGCAUCGGACAAGCGGGAAACGGCGGGCCUCAUAGUUGACAGGCUCAUUCCCAUCUUGCCGACGAUAUACCCACCGACGAAUAUCCCGGAUACCAAUGCUAUAAUUUCGCAGAUCACGAAUGAGGUGCGCAAGAUUGUUGCGCCUGUCGACGCGCACGAGAUCAAGGAGCAGGUGUCGGAUCUCGUCGUCGAGCGGCUCGAUUCGCGCCUCGCCGUGCGUGACCGGGUACUGGACAGUCUUCCAGGCAAGGUCGCAGAUAACGUGGGGCAGCUGCUGGAGCCUGUGCGGGAUGUGGCGGCGCAGAUGGGUGCGUUGUCGCAGGGCCUCGCGUCGCAGACACGUGACUUGUCGUCUAUACACCAUGACGUGCUCGGCCUACUUUCUGACUUACCAGCCCGUUUGAGCGCCGCGACGGAUGCGUUGGGUGUGGCACAAGCUGAAAUGCGCUCGAGUGUCCCCGCUUCGGUGCAAAAUCCUGCUGCCUACCUCAACAUCUCCCAAAUUGAAUCUACGGUCAGCACACUUGCCAGCAGCCAACAGACACUCGAGGACAAGAAUCAAGAAUUGCUGGCACUCAACAAGGACAUGCUCGCUCAGUUGAAGGCAUUGCCAGAGACUUUGGCUGCCACCACGAAGGCGGUGUACGACACGCGCGCAGAGCUCCUUACGCGCGUGGCCUUGAAGCAAGACUUCGAGGAGGUACGCAGGUUGAUGUCAUCAAAUUCGGAUUCGCAGGUGCAGCUCGCAAAGGCGCGCGCCGCGCACGGUUCGAUACGGGCAGAAAAGGACGUGCUCGCGGAACGUGUGGUGGCAUCUGAGGCAGAGCGCGAUCGACUGCGGGUGCAGGUGGACGAACUCCAGGCGAGCAUCAUCACGCGUGCCACGGAGGCGACAGCCGCGGAGGUGAAGAACGCCGAGCUGGAGGAGGCGCUCUCGCAGGCCUUGGGGCGGCUGAAGACGGCUGACGUUGCGACGCAGACGCAACACGAGCGGAUCCUCGAGCUGGAAAGGGCGAACCGCGAUGCUGCUGCGGAGGCACUGGGAUUCAGAAACCAGCUCCAAACACUGGAGAUGCGGGCAGGCUUCGCUGAACAUGAGAAGGAAGCUGCUGUGCACGCUUUGGAGUCCCUUCAGAGAGAACACGACAUCGUGCUCUCGCAGGAAGUUCACUGGGACGAUCUUCGUCGUAUGGCUGAGCAAGUUGAGACGCUCUCGCAUCUCGUCAGCCACAACAACGAGCCAGAACUCAAGGACCUCCGGCGCAUCCGCGAUCGCAGCAAAGUAUUGGAGGGCGAGUACGCUGCGCUGCAGAGGCGUUUCAAGGACCAGGAAAAUAAGGCUACCAGCAGUGACCGCGCCGCCUCUGCUGCACGCCACAGCCUCACUCAGGCACAGCAGCGCUCGGCCGAGUGGGAGAAGCGCGCCAAGGAAUACGAAUCUGAGCUGGCAGAGACGCGCUCUAUGUUCGAUCAAGUCGAGGACAAGCAUAUGCAGCUGGAUGCGGAACACUCUUUGGUGAAGCUGCAGCUUGAAGAAAAGGAGGCCGACGAGCGGCUGGCUCAGGACCGCGAGCACAAGCUUCGUGAUCAAGUAGCGAUGCUCGAAUCGAAGAUGGCUCGUCUCCAGGCUGAGGUAGACAAAGCCAAGAAAGCCGUCGCCGCACACUCACCUCCACGCCCGGACUCGCGAGCAAGCACCGUGUACCCUAGUCGUGCACCGACACCGACGGCGAACGGUCGCCCCGUCUCACGCGCUCUCAGUAGUAUGAGCAAGCGCACAAACACUCCGCCACAAACAUCGGUGUGGGAUUCCAUGCAUGCACCGUCGGCGCGGCGGUACCCGAAUCUCGGUCCCGGAACGCCAAAGGCUCGCCCGAUGCAUACAGGGCAGUCGUAUUAUCGCCCACAGAUGGGUUCGCCGACACCCAGCGUCGUAUCAGUGACGCCCACACAACGUGAAGACGGCUGGUGGUCAUAGAAAUUGAAGUACUGACUAUUCGACUCGUUAAUUUUUUCCUCCCAUCUCUGACCAGGUAUUUGAACGGAUCUCCCUGGAUGCUCUCGACUUAUGCUACGUAAUCUUCCAUCCUCUUAUUUUUGUCUAUAUCAAGGCUCGCUGCUCUUCCACCUUUCUUUUUGCUUACCCUUCUCGUCUCGACUCCAAUCGCAUUGUCCGUGCUGCAUAUACAUCCCAACCCACACUUUUCCACUUGAUGCAUAUACAUCAGGGUUGAUUUCUAUACCCCCAUUUGUUGCAACAUCCAUGAUAUUACUGUACACUUGGGAGGAUUGAAAUGCUCUGCCUAUUUUGUUUUUCGAAGCCCAAUACCAAACCAUUUACUGAUCAC